GGCGGGAGAAUUCGGGAAGUUUUUUUCGUCGUUACAUGGAAUUGAUUUGUUUUGAGCGGACUGGAUUCAAUGUUGGAAGGAUCGAGCUUGAAAUUAAGAUACGACGCGGUGAAAUGUCGUGAAAGGGUGCAGUUUGGCAAGUACCGCUUUAUCAAACCUUCUGGAAACUUUGUAAUCCCCGAGUUUAUGUUUCAAUUUCACAAAGAGUCACAAGUAAUGGCACCGACAUCCAAACCUCGCUUAAAGCCAUGCACUCCACAAAAGGAAAAAAUUGUCCCGAAUGUCACUGACGACUUUGAUGACGAUGAAUUAUUACGACUUGCGGAUGCAACCGAACUCGAACAUGUCCCUGCACUUGCAUCAUCCAGUGUUUUCGUUGUUAAAAAUGAAGGACGUUCUGGCCAUGAAAGCGUUGUGGCAGUCAUGCCGGAUCCUUCGCGAUGUGAUGAGAUUUAUCUCAAUGAUUCAGUUGACGAUGAAGAAAUUGAAUUCCAUGAUUCACCAAACGAUCUUUUUGAUGCGGAUGUAGAUGAAGUAACGAGUAAUGAGAAGCUCUUAACUUAUGACGGAAAUAUUGACAGUAAGCAACAAGGCGUUGUUGAAGUGGUAACACUCUCGCCUGAUUCCAUCUUUUCGAAGUCUAAAAUUGCACCACGCACGAUACUUCAUAAUAAUGAUGUUUGCGACAAUGAUUUGGACAAUAAUGAUAUAAAGAUGGAAGCAGAAGAAAACAUUCAUUCUACCUAUCAUAUAACUAGCGAACUGGACGAUGCACAUCUUUUGUUGUGUAAUUCGGAAAAACAUAGACACGAUAUGCAUGGUCAGUUUCGAGCCUUUUUGCAAGACGAUGGAGACCAAUUCGAAGAUGAAACCAGACAUUUGGGACAGAAGUUGUGUAGUGAAAUGUAUCGUGUCUUGAAAAGUAGAUUUGGUUUCAACCAGUUCCGUCACCGCCAAAAACAUGCUAUUAUUGCAGCUUUGCUUGGCUAUGAUUGUUUCAUCCUCAUGCCAACAGGAGCUGGAAAAAGUCUUUGCUAUCAGCUUCCAGCUGUUUUGUCAGAGGGUGUUACGGUUGUAAUUUCUCCUCUCAAGUCGCUAAUCGAAGACCAGAAAAUGAAAAUGAAAGAACUUGAGAUUUGCUGUUAUGCUUUAACAUCUGAGCUCAGUCAGGCUGAAUCUGAUCGAAUUUAUGGCAUGCUGAAUGAAAACUCUCCAAAAAUAAAAUUACUUUAUGUGACGCCUGAAAAGAUAGCUGCUUCCGAGAAAUUGAAUAACGUGUUCCAUUCUUUACAUCGAAGGGGUUUGCUCACUCGAUUUGUUGUCGACGAAGCGCAUUGCGUUUCUCAAUGGGGUCAUGAUUUUCGGCCUGAUUAUACGAAAUUGCAGUCCCUGAGAAGGAUGUUCACAAACCCAGUAGUACCAGUUAUGGCUCUUACUGCUACAGCAACACCAAAAAUUGUAACUGAUACCCGGGUUCAUUUAGCGAUUCAGCAGAGCAAAUUGUUCAUAAGUAGUUUCGUGAGGACUAAUCUGAAGUAUGAUGUCAUUGCUAAAGGACCGCGUUCACUGCUGAAGGUAAUGGACCGUAUGAAAAUUCUCUAUCCAGGCAAAUCAGGAAUUGUUUAUUGCCUGUCAAGAAAGGAUUGUGAAUCGGUCGCAAAAAUGUUGGAAAGUCACUCCAUGUCUUCAGAAGUAUAUCAUGCAGGAUUAAGUGAUAAGAAACGACUCGAAGUGCAAACGAGAUGGAUCAACAAUCGAGUGAACGUCAUUUGUGCUACUAUUGCAUUUGGUAUGGGAAUCGACAAACCAGAUGUGCGAUUUGUUAUCCAUUUUAGUAUACCGAAGUCAAUCGAAGGAUACUAUCAGGAGACCGGUCGAGCUGGACGUGAUGGUUUAAAUUCAUAUUGUGCAAUCCUUUACAGUUAUAAUGAUUCAGUACGAAUCAGAAAGAUGAUCGAAGGAGAGAAUAACACCCAAGGUGUACGAACAAUGCAUCUAAGUAGUGUGCUUGAAAUCGUAGCAUAUUGUGAAAAUGUUUCAAUUUGCCGGCGGAAAUGGCUAGUAGAGCACUUUGGCGAGGUUUAUGAUGCCGAAGCUUGUCGUAAAAGUAAUUCCCCUUGCGAUAUUUGUGUUCAACAAAUCAAGAACGCGAACGCAUACAAAGUUUACGAUGUGACCGAAGAAGCGAAACUUGUUGCUCAGAGCAUGCUGCAUAUGCAUAAUGUUACUUUGAAGUACCUCGCCGAUUUAUAUCGUGGUCGUAUGGGACAGAAAAAAUUCGCAGAUAUGGCGGUACGGUUGGGUCACACAAAAUAUGCAAUGUUUGGACGUGGUGUUGGGAUGCAAGAAACGGAUGCAUCAAGAUUUGUCAGGAAAUUGGUAAUUGAUGGCAUUAUUACGGAACAACUUUAUAAUACGAAAUUUGAUACAACAGUUGCUUAUGCUGAACUGACAGAGUUAGGUCGAGAAUUAGCGAAUGGGCGCAGCAGGAUGAAGGUCUAUCUUCACUUAUCAAAUCAGCCAGAUGAUGGUCGGAAUUCCCACGGAAUGGAAGUAACAGCAUUAAUGUCGAUAAAUAGUGUCAGUGAAAUGGAAGCUCUGAAGGAAAAAUAUAUGGUGAAGCAUGCAGACUUGUUUGGCAAGUGUAAGAGAGAUCUUUUGCGAUUAUUUUCCGAUAUUGCAUCUACAGAGGGUUUUAGUAGUUAUCUGCCCAUUAUCAAUUCCGAAGGUAUUGAACAAAUAGCAGCACUGAUGCCGCGUACAUAUUCCGAUCUCUUGCAAAUUGAUAGUAUGACCGCGCGAAAAGCUGAACGAUAUGGAGCUCAAAUCAUGUGCAUGUUAAAAGAAUACUGGAAUGAACUCGACGCACGUGAAGAGAAUGAAAUCAAACGACAGUUGAACCAUAUGAAUACAAGCAAAGACAUCGUCGGUGGUUUCAGGGAUGUACAAAUAGAUGGUACAGUUGCCCCAAAUACAGUAACCAAUUCACAAGUUGUUUCUGGUCGCGGGAAAUAUUUCCCUUACUUCGGGACGUCAACCUAUUUACCUCGUAAACGAGACAAGGAUCGUAAAAGAGGGUUCAACGAAUCACAAACGUCUAGCUCGCCAAGAGGUUCAAGUCGCUCUAGACAUGGAUGGAGGAAAACUUCCGCGUUUCGUAAAACAAAAAUACCUAUAAAUCGAUCACUUUUUCCAAAUCUGUGAAAUUAUCUUCAACUUUCGCUUAGAUUGUUUGAUUAUUCAUUUAUUUUAUUUAAUGUAUUUGUUGGAUAUACAGAUUAUUGGUGCCUUUUUUGUUAUUUUCUUUCUUCUCUGUCAUUUCUUAAAUGUUGAUUUUGUUUUUUCUUUUCCUUUUGGUGAGAAAACUUAUUCUUUUUUCACUUUUAAUCCGGUGUUUGUGCUGGAAUCGUUUUAGCAAGGAUACUUACUGUAAUAAAAGGAUCUCACC